UAUAGUAUAAAUAUAUCAUCAGAUAGGGAGAGGAAAGAGAAAGAGAGAGAGAAAGAGCCAACAGCCACUCUCCUUAACCUGUCUCACCAACUCGCGUCUAGAAGCACCAAUUAGGGUCUUCCUUCUCUGUCCUCUCCUCUCUCUCUCUCUCUCUCUCUCUCUCUCUCUGUUGUGUUCUGUCCCCUUUCUUUUGGAGUCAAAAGCCUAUAAAACCACACCCCAACUCCCUCUUAAACCGGCUUCUUUGUUGCUGCAAGCCAAUCUUAAUUCCUACCCUUACUUACAUUACAUAUACAUAUCAUAUCAUAUCCCUAAAGUGACCAAAAAACAGAAAUUUCACAACACAAUUCAAUUCUGAGUUAAUUAUGGGAAGAUCGCCUUGCUGUGAGAAAGCUCACACAAACAAAGGUGCAUGGACCAAAGAAGAAGAUGACAGACUCAUAUCUUACAUUCGAGCUCACGGCGAGGGCUGCUGGCGGUCACUCCCCAAAGCCGCCGGCCUCCUCCGCUGCGGCAAGAGCUGCCGUCUCCGCUGGAUCAACUACCUCCGUCCCGACCUCAAGCGUGGCAACUUCACCGAGGAAGAGGAUGAACUCAUCAUUAAACUCCACAGCCUCCUCGGGAACAAGUGGUCUUUGAUAGCUGGAAGAUUGCCGGGGAGAACGGACAAUGAAAUAAAGAACUAUUGGAACACUCACAUAAGAAGGAAGCUUUUGAACAGAGGAAUCGACCCUGCAACUCACAGACCUCUCAACGAAGCAGCAGCUUCUUCUGCAACAGUUGUAACAGUUGCAACUGCCAGUAAUAUAUCUUUCGGUAAACAAGAACAAGAGACAAGUUCGAGUAAUGGAAGCGUGGUUAUAGGGUCCAUCUUAGAACGCUGCCCUGACUUGAACCUUGAGUUAACCAUUAGUCCUCCUCGCCACCAACAACAUCAUCAUCAUCAACAACAACAACAACCUCAGAAGAAUCUUUGCUUCGUUUGCAGUUUGGGUUUGCACAACAGCAAGGAUUGCAGCUGCAACGUGGCCAACGCCGUCGCUGCCAACAACACCGCUCCUCCUGCUUCUGCCGCCGCUUAUGAUUUCUUGGGCUUGAAAACCAACGGUGUUUGGGAUUGCACCAGCUUGGAAAUGAAAUGAAUCCAAGCCAUACCGAUUAGUUAGUGUUGCUGGAGAGAACUGAGAGAAUGGAAUUCAUAAGUUUUGAGUUUUCUCUCCUUGUUCCUUUCUUCUCUUCUCUGAUUUGUGUAAUUAAUUAAUUAAUUACUUAAUUAGUCGCUGAUGCAUAA